UCCGAAUCUCUUUGCCUGAUGUACCAACAAUCUAACUUUUUUCUCACGAUUACCUCGUUGCUAAGGGACAACAGUACCAAAGCAUUUGAUGUUUGGCUUUCUCCAUUUCUAUUUAUAAUCCCCCCAAAAUAUAAAUGAUACGUGACCUCGUAUCCCCUCUCAGGCUCUGUAAAACAUUGCUCUUCUUGUCCUCUCUCCUCUUCAUUAAGAAGCAAGGUGAAGGCAAAUGGCCGGCGAUGAGGUGCAGGAGCCGCGCCAUUCUCCGCUGCGGAAGGGCUUGUACACUCUUUUCAUGAUUUUUAUUGCUAUACUUUCAAUUACGUUCACGUACUACCUCCUCUUUUCGAACUCCUCUGGCUCCGACUUGACCUCCUGCCCUGCUUUCGCCGGUAGUUCUCCGGCCAUCAGUAGAAGGGAUCAGGGAGGUCUAUCAAGGAGUGACUCUUAUAUUCGACUUCCUGGAAUGUUGUCAAAUUCUAAAAAUGAGUAUUUAUUAAAAGGACAAUGUGAUAUUUUUUCUGGACAAUGGUUAAGCGACCCUUCAGGACCUGCAUACACCAACCUUAGCUGCAAUUUUAUUGAAUCUCCUCAAAAUUGCUUGAGAAAUGGCAGGCCAGAUAAAGAUUACCUUUACUGGAGAUGGAAGCCUUAUGGUUGUGAGCUGCCCCCUUUUGAUCCAUUUAAAUUUAUGGAUGCAAUGAAAGAUAAAACGUGGGCCUACAUUGGUGAUUCAAUUUUCCGAAAUCACAUGCAGUCAAUGAUUUGCCUUCUCUCCAAGGUUGAGGAGCCCGUUGAAGUCUACCAUGACAAGACUUACAAAUCUCGGACUUGGUACUUUGUCAACCACAACUUCACUAUUUCCCUCAUCUGGACACCAUUCCUAGUCAAGUCUGAGCUAUUCGAGGAUGAUGAAGGCAAAGCAAAAUCUGAAGUUCACCUUCACCUUGAUAUCCUUGAUGAUAAAUGGACAAGCCAAUACAAUAAAUAUGAUUAUGUGAUCUUUUCUGGUGGCCAAUGGUUUCUCAAAGCAAUGAUUUUGUGGGUGCAUAACACCACUGUUGGUUGCCACAACUGUAACAACCACAACUUAAAGGAGCUGGGCGUCUACUGCCCUUACCGCAAAGCUCUCCAGACGGUCUACGAGUUCAUGACCUCCUCUGAUCACAAGCCCCUCAUCUUCUUUAGGACAUGGACACCAGAUCAUUUUGAGUAUGGGGAGUGGUUUAGUGGAGGGAUAUGCAAUAGAACUAGGCCAUAUAGUGAGGGAGAAUAUAAUGGAAAGCCCAUCGACCAUGUGAUGAGAACUAUUGAAAUUGAGGAGUUUGACAAGGCGACACUCAUGGCUUCAAAGAGUGGAGCUCGUCUGAAAUUGCUGGAUACUUUCCAUCUUUCUGUUUUAAGGCCUGAUGGGCAUCCAGGCCCUUAUCGUACCUUCAAUCCUUUUGACAAGGACAAGACUGCUAAAGUUCAGAACGAUUGCCUUCAUUGGUGCUUGCCUGGGCCUAUCGAUACGUGGAAUGAGUUGGUCAUGAAGAUUCUGUUUGAUGAAAGUGGUAUAAGCUAUAGUUGACUGAGAUUGCAUCAUAUUAUCACAUUCUAUUUGUCUUAUGUAGAGCAAAAAAUUGUGUUUGACACAUUCUAUUUUGAACAAUACCCUUGCUCAUCUUUGUUCUUGUCUUCAAACAUGUAAUAUGUUUGCAUUUACACUGCAUCUUUAUCUAGUUGUGCUCUACUACUCUUGUUGAUUGAGAAAUAAAGUUUGAUGCUUUUUCAACAUGAGAAAC